UCAGAUAGAGACGCUCCCAAACACUUCAAACAUGCAGCAGCAUGCAAGUGUGAGCGUUAACUGUGUGUGUGUGUGUGUGUGUGUGUGUGUGUGUGUGUGUGUGUUACAGCGCCUGCUGUUUGCUCCAGCAGAGUCUAAAGUUCUUCAAUCCUCAGGUGCCGUCGACCCCGGUGUGGAUCGUGUUCGGAGCUUCUGCUCUUUUACUUGCCUAAACGGAGCGUGACAUUCCAGAACAUGGAUUUUGCAUGAACUUGAGCUGGAUGAAGAGGGAAAACUAUACGACUGCAGACGCAGGAGAAUUACUCUAGUAGAGUGAGACAAGCCAUGAAGAUCUCGCAGUGUCACUGAUAUUCUCUGUUCUGGUCUGAUCAGGGUUGAUGAGGAUUGAACUGAAUAAAAAGAAAAAGAGAUUCAUCGUUAUAUCGACAGGAAAUCAUACAACUCAACAGGUCUUCAGAAUGUUCCAGAGGAAGAAGAGGAAGAGGAGGCUGGAGAUCUCCGGACCCAAGAACUUUGAGCACAGAGUGCACACGUCGUUUGAUCCUGUUCAGGGCUGUUUUGUGGGUCUGCCGCCUCAGUGGCAAAGCCUCAUAGAGACACUGAAGAGGCCCAAACCUUUGGUGGAUCCAACCAACAUCACACAUGUGCAUCUCAAACCAAAAAAGAACAUUGUGCGUGGCAGUUUCAUCGGACAUGAGGACUACGUCUCUGCCGCGAUCGCUCAGAUGAGUCAACUCUCUGUAACGAGCUCAAACUCAUUAAGAAGGACCAGCACGUUCUUACGGAAGCGAGCGCAGUCGCUGGGACUUUUGGGCGAGUUGGCUGAAGGAGAGACUUACGAAUAUCAGGGACUGAAUGACGCAAAUCAGAGAAACGGACAGACGGUCUCAGACUCCUAUUCAAGAUCCCGUCAGGUCCACAGUGAAAGUGGAAGUCCAAGACCUGGUUCUAAGAAGAGUAACACCUUUGACCCCAACGAUGCACGACCAAGAGCGAAAUCAAUUCACGAGGGGACAAUAUUCACGGAGCAGCCAAUCCUCAUGCCCCGGGACAUUUUACUCUUGCCUAGAACUACUCACAAUGGGUCCAAGAUUUCUCAACCAGACGGUAAACACAACCAAAGACCCGUUUCCUGUCUCUACAGUACCUACAGCGUAACUGAUGGAACAAACGUCAAGCCCAGAGUCAGCUCGGCAUCCACGUACAACUUCAAGGGAAAUUCGCCUAGCUACCAAGCCAUUUCCAAACCCAAUGGCACUAGUAGUCCAAAACCAGGACUGGGACCCAUUGCCCAACAAACCCCACGUUGUUCCUCCAACGACAACCUAAAUGUUUCUCCAAUCAAAACCUCAGGAAUUCCAGCAUCAGUACCACCAACACAGGACAGUCCAUCCCAACCACGACCCACACCUACGGGUUCGCCCGACACAAGUCUGACUGGAGCGUCUUCGCCCUGUCUCAGGCCGCCCCAAACACCCGCCACAGACCUAGAGUCGCCCAAAGUGACCCACUCACAGUUCAAAGCCGCCCUGCAGAUGGUUGUGGACAAAGGUGACCCUCGCAGUUAUUUGGAGAACUUCGUGAAGAUUGGAGAAGGCUCGACGGGUGUGGUUUGCAUCGCCCGAGAGAAACACAGCGGACGGCAGGUUGCCGUGAAGAUGAUGGACCUGAAGAAGCAGCAAAGACGGGAACUGCUCUUUAAUGAAGUGGUUAUCAUGCGAGACUACAGACAUAAGAAUGUGGUAGAGAUGUAUAAGAGUGCGCUGGUGGGUGAAGAGCUGUGGGUCAUCAUGGAAUACCUGCAGGGCGGCGCUCUAACCAACAUCGUUUCAGAAACCAGGCUAACAGAGGAACAGAUAGCAACAGUGUGUGAAGCUGUUCUGCAGGCGCUGUGUUAUCUACAUGCUCAGGGAGUCAUCCACAGAGAUAUCAAGAGCGACUCUAUACUGCUGACACUGGACGGACGGGUGAAGCUCUCAGAUUUUGGAUUCUGCGCUCAGAUCAGUAAAGACAUUCCGAAGAGGAAGUCGUUAGUUGGAACUCCGUAUUGGAUGGCACCUGAGGUGGUUUCAAAGAGACCGUACGGCACUGAGGUGGAUGUUUGGUCUCUGGGCAUCAUGGUGGUGGAGAUGGUGGACGGAGAACCUCCAUAUUUCAGUGAGACGCCGAUAGCAGCCAUGAAAAGACUACGGGACGAGCCUGCGCCGACUGCAAGGAACGUAAAGAAGAUCUCUCCUGUUCUGCGGGACUUUCUGGACUCGAUGUUGACCCGUGAUCCUCUGAUGAGAGCGAGUGCUUGUGAUCUUCUCCAACAUCCGUUCCUGCUGCAGAGCGCUACUCCUCGCUGUCUGGUUCCUCUAGUGGAACAGUACCGCAAACGAAUGUCCCGCUGCUGAACAGAACCAGUAAUGUACUCGUAAUGAUGGACUGCUGUCAGCAUGUUUAUGACUGACAAAGUUUAGUUGAAUGUCUCAAAACAAAGUGCUGAAGCUUAUUUACCAACUACUGAACGCAGUGGAGAAUCCACAAACUGAACUGUCGAUACUGGAGACUACAAACAUAAUAAUAAAGAGUUUUUCAGAUUAUACACAGAUUUUGUUUUCCCACAACAACUGAUGGUGCCAUGAUUUCAGAAAAGAGUUAAAUUGAAUGUUUAUCUCACCUCACCCCAAUUUGGAACGCCCAAUUCCUGCUACUUAGCAGGUCCUCAUGGUGGCGCGGUUACUCACCUCAAUCCGGGUGGUGGAGGGCGAGUCUCAGUUGUCUCCGCGUCUGAGACCGUCAAUCCAUGCAUCUGAUCACGUGACUCGUUGUGCAUGACACCGCGGAGACUCACAGCAUGUGGAGUUACCCCAUGUGACUCUACCCUCCCUAGCAACCGGGCCAAUUUGGUUGCUAAGGAGACUCACAGCAUGUGGAGGCUCAUGCUACUCUCCACAAUCCACACACAACUCACCACACGCCCCAUUGAGAGAACCACUAAUCACCACCACGAGGAGGUUACCCCAUGUGACUCCACCCUCCCUAGCAACCGGGACAAUUUGGUUGCUUAGAAGACUUGACUGGAGUCUCUCAGCACGCCCUGGAUUUGAACUCUCGACUCCAUCUUGACUCACGACUCCAAGUUGCAUACUAUUUCAAACAUGCCACAUUGUACAAACCUUUGAUAUUUUGUUACAGAUAUAAUAUAUUCUAGACCUCUGUGCAGAUUGGUUUAUUAAAUGUGUUUGACUCCGUAUUCAGAGGUUUAAACUAAAAUGUUAUUUUAAUGUUGUGCAGUAACAUGAUCUGUUAUGACAUUUCUGGCACAUUUUCCUUCCUGUCCAAAGCAGCCGCCUGUCGAGAGACGGCCACUGAAACGGUUAUUUUGUCAAAUGUAAAACAUCAGGACAUUAUUUUUAUAAUUCACGUUGUUGCCAAAAUUGAAAUGUCAAAUAUUUUCAAAUAUAAUUUAUGUGGAGUUCUGAAACGAGCUAUAAAAGGUCCUGAACCGCAAGGUGAGAAAACGAAAAAAAUAAUUUUUUUUUUAAAACAAAACACGUCAUUUAAAAAAAACGAUCUCAUUUAAUACUGCAAAACGCUAGAGAAUAAAAAUGUGUUUUAAGCCUACGUUUAAAAAUAUACAGUGAUGAAGCUUGUCUAAUGUCAAGUGGUAGCUGAUUCCUGCAAAUGCUCUUUCACCCUUCACCCUUUUCAUACAACGUGACCGAGGAAUAUACAUUAACAUUUUGUCUUCAGAUCUUAAAGACCUAGUUGGCAAGUAUGGCUGUAUUAAAUCCCUAAUAUAUGACAGGGCCUGGUUAUUAAGAGCCUUAAAAACAAACAACAGUAUUUUAAAUUGAAUCCUAAAAUAAACAGGAAGUCAGUGCAGAGAGGCCAGGAUUGGGGUAAUAUGAUCCCUUCUUUAGAUGAUGUCAAAAAUCUGUCCGCAGUAUUUUGAACCAGUUGAAGACGGAAAAGAGAGGAUUGAGGAAGACCAACAUAAAGAGAAUUACAAUAAUCCAAUCGAGAGAUGAUAAAAGCAUGAAUCACAGUCUCCAGGCCUUGAAAAGAUAAAACUGAUUUAAAUGUAGAAAUCAUUCGUAACUGAUAGAAACUAUUUUUCACUACUGAAUUUAUCUGUCGGACUAAGCCCAAGUCAGAAUCUAUAAUGACACCAAGAUUCCUCACAUACGAGUUAACAUGGUGGAAGUGUUGGCCAAGCUUGUUAGCAAGAGCGCUUCUAGAUUCAGCAAUAAUCAUUUCAGUCUCAUCAUUGUUUAGCUGGAGAAAGUUACUCGAUAACCACUUUAUGUCUUGAAUACAUUCCAAGAGGUGUGUAUUGAAGACAUCUGCAGUAGACAGUGUGUUUCUAAAGCAUAGACAACUUCUUAUAUUAAAAUAUAUUAUUAUAAUUCAAUUUCACCAUGAAAGUCUGCACAUGAGAUGACUUUUGAAGAGUGAAAAAAAAUGCUUUUUUGAAGACAAACUUCAGAGACAAAUAUAUACAGUAUAUAUAUAUAUAUUUUUUAUUUUUUUUCCACCGUUUUUUUUUUUUUUCCACCGUUUUUUUUUCCACCUUGCGCAUCAGGGCUUCCGUAGUUUUACAUUCAGCCAACAUAAUUUUACUGUAAAUUGUUUUAAAAUUUUUUUUACAAUUAUAAAUAUAAAAACAUUCAAAAUACUCUUAUGGUGAUUUGUAGCUAUUGUUCAGCUAAAAAGCAUAUAUAUAUUUGUCAAACAAGUAAUUAUAAUUAUAAUAAUGCAGAAAACAUUAUUGGUUGGAUACAUUCACAGAUGUUGCUAUUUUGAUUGUGAAUCCAGUGACGACGACUUUUCACCACAAUCACUUCCAUCAACUGUUGCACAACAUAAACAAGUAAAGUUGGUGUUGCACAUGAACUGUAUGAACAUGUACACGCAGGUGGCGGAACAUCUACUAAUCUAUAACCUGAUAAGCUUCUUGAUAUUUACUUAUUUAGCACUUAAUGACUUACUACUCAAGAUUGAGGCUUUAGAAAUGUCCAGAAGGCUUAAAAACACAUGUUAUUGAGAGUUUACUUACAAAAGCUGAGCAUAAACAAACGUGUUUACUACAGAACAAUUGUAUGACGUCUUGGGACACUCAUGGAUGGAAACAUUUUCCUGAUAUUUCUAUGUUUUCCCUAAAUGUGGACACACUGUUAUAACAGCAGAAUCACAGAUGCUCAUAUACUGUGAAUUUAAAUGUCUUCUUGGGUUUUAAACAUACUUUAAUAAAUAAUCGUUUUUCAUAAUAAAUGACAGAAUAAAAGAUAGAAGA